AUGGCAAUCGUCAAGGAUAGUGCAACGUUCUUCCAACACGGCAAUUCGGCGCAGUUCGACUACGUGCUCAAGCUGUACCCGAAAGCGCUGAAGCUGAAGGCCGAAACGCGGGGCAACGGAAAAAAGGCGGACAAGCUGCUGCGUCUCGAAAAGUGGUAUCAGAACGAGCUGCCGAAGGUGAUAAAAAACCGUGGCCGAGAUGCACACCUGCUGCACGAGGAGCUGGUGCAGACGAUGGAGUGGAAACAGACGCGCGGCAAGUUCUACCCGCAGCUGUCGUAUUUGAUCAAAAUCAACACACCCCGGGCGGUGGUAAUGGAGACGAAGAAAGCCUUCCGGAAGCUGCCAAAUCUCGAACAGGCGCUAAAUGCGCUCUCGAACUUGAAGGGCGUAGGGAUCACGAUGGCGUCGGCUUUGUUGGCCGCCGCUGCCCCGGAAAGUGCACCGUUUAUGGCUGACGAAUGUCUGAUGGCGAUUCCCGACAUUGAGGGUAUUGAUUAUACGACCAAGGAGUAUCUAAAGUUUGUCACACACAUCCAGCAGACAAUGGAUCGGCUGAACCUGGAGGAGGAUAGCAAUGGUGCGGGCGAAGAGCCUGCGGAUGAGAAGAAGGACGGCACAGCUAAUGGUGGUGCUGGCGGCGGUAGUGAAAUGGUGGAAGGUGCUGCGGCUGACGGGGAAGGAAGUGAAAGUGCCGGGAAGGAUGCGGCUGGGAAGGAAGGAAAGGGUGAUACGGCCGAAAACGGUGCCUCGGGAAAGACAGCAGCGGCAGCAGCAGGACCAAAGCCGAAGAAAUGGUCAGCACAUUCGGUCGAGCUGGCACUAUGGACACACUACGUCGUUUCGGAUUUGCAACCGGAAUUGCUUGGCGGUAUGCCUGGAAAUGGUAAUGGUGUUGCGGCCACCGUUGAUGAUGAUGCUGCACAAAACGGAAUCUCGAAAGACGAGGACGAGGAUGAGGACGAUGUGCCGGACGAAGAGGAGGUCGAUGGGGACAACGGGAUUGUGGAGGACGAGGGUAAUACGAACGAUGAGAACUCCCGCACCGCUAUGAUGGAAUCGUCCGAGUCGGAAAGCAACGAAGUGGCAGCGGCUGGGGUGGCGGUCGUGUCGAACGGUAAAAGUACGUCGGGUUCGAGUGGUUCUGCUCAGGACGAGGAAGAAAAGCUUGCCGACGACACGGAGGAUACGUCCAAGGACGCUACUGAUAAUAGCAGCACGGCCGUUACGAUGACGGAGUUAACGAACAACGGUACCUCGGUAGCGGAACCGGUGGUGACAUCCCACACGCAAGAGUCCACACUCGUUGACGACGGCACGAAAGCGUCGGAUGAAAGCUUAGGCGGUGGAACACUUGGCACAAAGGCCGCGUUAAGCACGGCCAGUUCCGUUGCCGACAGUACCGAAUCUGAAGCACCGAUCAACACCACCGACAGUAGCAGUAACGGUAGCAACAAACGUCCCCUCUGCUGCGAGGAUAAUGGUGAAGACAAACCCGAACUAAGCGCCCCGAAGUUGAUAAAGCUGUAG